AAAAGAAUAUUGAAAGGAAGUUGAUAGAGCUUACAAAUAUGGCAUAAUAAGUCGCUUGAAAGUGGUGGGAUGGGCCAUAUGGUUGUAUUGGAGGCAGUAAUGAGACAUUUGAAAAGACGAUUCAGCUUCCCGUCCGUUUAAAUAGUAGGCAGUGGGUGUUUUUUUUUUUUUUUUUUACUACGCGACGCUUCGCUUGGCUCAGCCCCCAAAAAGCGGUGCUCCGCCUCACCGGCUUCAUUCCAGUUCAGCCGAAGUAGCGGCUCCUCCUCGUCAUCAACACACUUCAAAAAGACACUUCACCCUGCUAAAAUCGCCACCUUAACCUCGAGAGCAUUGCGGGGACGCUUGAAAGAGGAAAAGGAAAAGCCUCUCCAAGAAGUCGACCUGCGGAAACUAAUCGAACGCAACACGCUUGCCACUCGCUUCAGGGACUUUCCACCUCAAAAAGGCUUAAAGGCGACAGUUUCUACAGUUUUUGUGCCAUUUUCUUUUUUUUUUUUGGCAGCAUGACCCGAAGAUCGUGUGCCAUUUAUGCCACCGGUAUUGCAUGCGCCCUCCUCCUCGUCGUGGGGAUCGUCCUGGUGGUGGCUCAAGUCUUCCAGACCACCAUACACAACCGCUUGAAAAAGGAAAUCACCCUGACAGAGAAGAGUCAGAUGUUUGAGUCAUGGAAAAACCCUCCCCCACCUGUCUACAUGGAGUACUACUUCUUCAAUGUCACCAACCCAGAGGUCUUCUUAGCGGGCGGGAAGGCGGCCGUCCAGCAGAUCGGACCCUACACCUAUAGGGAGUACCGGCCCAGGGUGAACGUCACCUUCUUGGAGAACGGCACCAAAGUGUACGCCCUCAACCCCAAAACCUUCGUGUUCGUGCCGGAGAAGUCAGUGGGUGACCCUGAAGUGGACAUCCUCAGAACCAUCAACAUUCCUUUAGUGGUGGUGAUGAAUGAGCUCAAGUCAUACUACUACAUCCUGCGCACCCUCAUCUCAGUCUAUAUCAAGUCCUUGGGCGCCGAACUGUUUACUACACGCACGGUACAUGAGUACCUGUGGGGCUUCAAGGACCCAAUCCUGACCAAGAUCCACUCCAUGAAGCCGGAUGUGGACGAGUAUUUCGGGCUCAUGUGGAAGAAAAAUGGAACCCACGAAGGCGAGUUUGUGUUCCACACCGGCGAGCAGGACUACAUGGACUACGGCAAAAUCGACACAUGGAAUGGACUCAGGGCGAUGACAUUUUGGUCGUCCAACCACAGCAACAUGAUCAACGGCACGGACGGCGCUGUCUUCCACCCGCUCAUCAGCAGGAACGAGCUGCUCUACAUCUUCGCCGCUGAUCUCUGCAGGUCCAUCCAUCUGGCCUACGUAAAGGACGUGGAGGUGAAAGGCAUCCAGGCGUACCGCUUUGCACCCCCCAAUGACGUGCUCAUGAGCCCCGUGGACAACCCCGCCAACGAGGGCUUCUGCGUGCCCGCCGGAGAGUGUCUAGGCACCGGCGUGCUCAAAGUCAGCGUUUGUCGACAAGGCGCCCCCAUCGUGGUCUCUUUCCCGCACUUCUACCAGGCUGACCCCAAAUACAUCAACGCCAUCGAAGGCCUCAACCCUAACAAGGACGAGCACGAGACCUACCUCGACCUUCAGCCGACCACAGGUGUUCCCAUUCGGGCCUGCAAGCGUGCUCAGCUCAAUGUCAUCGUGAAAAGAGUGCCGGGCUUUCCUGACACUAUGUUCCUCAACGAGACCAUUUUCCCCAUCAUGUAUGUUAAUGAGACGGCCACAGUGGAUGAUGACUCUGCCUCCCAGAUGAGAACGCUGCUCCUCAUCCUCACCCUGGUGUCCAACUUCCCCUUGCUUAUUGUGGGCAUGGGCCUCAUCCUGCUGCUUGUCCUGGUAGUCCUUUUCUGCCGAAACCGUCAAAAGAAGAACGAAGUAAAACGCAUUGAUUUUACUGAGGCUUUUCAUUCUUUUGCUACGGCCAAAGACGAGACCGCGUACACGCAGGUCAGCGACAAGACUGACGAGUCCCCCGAAGCUCCUGCCACCCAGCCGAUGAGGAACGGCUCCUACAUCGCCAUGUCGCCAGUGGAGGCCCAGAAAUGUUGAUCUAGGAUCACCACCCCCCUCUUCUCAUUUCUCAUACCCCUAGUCUGGCGCUCACAAAGGGGGCUUGAGGGGGGUAUCGUUACCACGAGGCCGGUAAGGGCAAGUAGGCGGACUUAAUAUUCUAUGGGGUGGGAACGUUCCCUGAGCCCUCUUAAAAGCACCCCCCACAUGCCAAGCCUGAGUCAGUCACGAGAGGCUUCUUCUUCCUCUCCUGGUUGACUCCUACAAUGAAGACUUGACUACGACUUGUUUUUCCAUGCACCCAAACUGGUCAUCCUUCCGACACACAUCCUCCAACCUCCUUGUCAUAUUAACAAAAGUAUUGGAACAAAGGAAAAAAAAAAAAAAAAGACUGAGCCAAAUAAUUUAAUUAUCUUGCCUUUUGUUUCACACACUGGCUGGUAGUGAAAGUGUGUCUGCGCCACCUUUUUCCUCCCUCCCCCUUGUAACACUAAACAGUUCCGAGCUAGUCUGUUUAAGCCAUGCUUGUGGCUCAUCAUUUUUUGUUUCUUUUUCCCAAUUGGGGGGCAAAGACACCCACGGAACAUACAAGGGAGACUCGAACUUACUUUCUCUGCCUUACCGCCACGACGGUUCACACGUCUACACUGUUACUUCAGCACAAUUGGGACCACAAAGGAUCCUCCAUGAGACUACCAGGUCUUCUUUGUCUUUCCUUCGUGAGUCAAAGAGACUUUAACGUGCAAAACCGAGCACUUGAAUCACUCGUUGUCUUAUCAUUUCAAGCAAACAAAAAAACACCAAUCCCCCGCACCCACACUUUAUGCCUGAAAAAUGUGCCAAGUGUGUUUUUAUCUUUGUUUUUGGUCUUUUGUCAUUUCUGCACCGGAUAGUCGGUCUGUACACAUUUCAAACGUGUGUGUGUGUCUUCGUUGCUGCUAGGCAUCGGCCAUAAACCUGUGCUUUUCCUAAGAUUCUUACACCUUGCCAAUCUAUCUUAACAUUGUUUGAGAGCUUAGAAAACAAUGAAAGAAAAAUGUUACAUUUAUUCCACAUGUUCAACAGUAAAGAAGACUGUAGUGAUCAAUGCGGUUGAACAAAAGGGCCCUUAUUGGCUCUUUCUAGAUUUUGUGAAAGGUUUCCACCAGUUCGGUACGUUUUGGGUUGUUAACUCGUCAGGAAAAUCAACAAAGAAAUGUGAGAUUAUGCAGUGCGUAUUUAACUAUCUUCAUUCGUCAAUCAAUUUUGAAGUGGUCAGAAGUUCACGCCAGCUAUUCUUUUCCAUCAACAUUUGGGCAAUGGGUAGCAUUUUUAAAAUCUCAUAACGCUUACAGGAACAUUUUGUAUCUGGCACCUCAACGUAAUUAAUUGCUAAUACUGGGUCCUCAGAGUUGUGGGGGGAAAAGCAAGCGCUAACCUCUCUUGCCACUGUGACAGCUCUUUAUGCAACUGACAAUUCUGUUUGCCAACAAGUUACCAUAAUUUCAUCACAGUGCAUCAUUAUUUUUUUUUGUCAUACAAUUCUGUCUUUACGAAAGGAGGGAUUUUGUCUGCACCCAACAUGAAUAGACUCACAACUUUGCUACUGGCGUACUUUGGGACCCUUUAAUUUGCAACUGUACUGAAGUAUCCAUUUUCUGAGCUACUGAUAUUAUGACUUUUGGGGGGGAGGUGGACCUUAAGAUCACCUUUGAUCCCCAUGUGGCUGGCACCCCAAUGUAAUGGUUCUAAAAAAAAAAAAAAAAAGUGGGACAAUUUGAUUGUUUGGGGUUUUUUUUUUUAAACUUUGCAAACGGUCAUCUACUGCGCUUACUGUAUUCAACCAAAGUCCCUUUUAUGUCGGUGUUAAGUGGACCAAAUCAUUUUACUUGGUGAUUCUGCUGCACAAAUCGUAGUCGAAAUAUUUUUAGAAACCGCAAAAAAAUAUCAUGUCCUGAGCUUUAUCGUUUCAAGGAAACUUUAACAAGACUGCCACGCAGAUGUAAGGGUUCUAAAAAAAUGGGGCAGUUUGGAUCUUUAAUAAUGGAAACACUGAAUGAUGCUGUAUCAAAAAAAAACUGACUGGAAACAACUUUAUUUGGAUUGGUUAAUUCCAUGUUAGGAGCAUUUUGCAAUAGAAAUGGCGGGCAAAAAUAAACCUUUUACCGAAGUGGUGGAAACAUACACCCCCCUCCCCCCCCACACACACACACCCUUAUGACCAAAGACAUCCCUGGCUUGGCUCCUCGUGCCACAAACCAACACCGCCUAGCGUAUUUUUUUUUUUUUUUUUCCCCCUGCCUUGUGCCACCGUAUUUGCUGCUGUGCCUUCUUAACAUCGAGGCUGAAAAGGGUGCGGAAACCGGAUGAAUCUCAGUAUUAUUAUUAUUAUGAUGUAAGAUAAAAGCAAUACAGAGUUGUGUGUAUAAAUGAAUGGUUGUUAUUACAGGGCCAUGUAUUUAUGUAAAUUUUUUUAAACACCCCCCCAGGAAUUCUUUUGUGAUGUUGGCUCUUGCUUGGGUCCAAGUCUAUUUCAGCUAAUUUUCAAAAAAAAAAAGAUGUAGCGAUGAUACGUGAUGCUAACAUUGUGAAAGUGGAGGGCUUUGAUGAGCAGGCGGAUUAUCUUGAUAUGACGAAUGAGAUGAAUGAUGCCCCCCCUCCCUCCUCUUCCUUCUCCAGGGACCAGCGGUUGUGCCAUAAACCUACUCGGGGUCCCAACACUUCUGUUUGAGCUUGUUUAAUGGUGGUUUUUGUUUUCCUUUUGGUUUUCCCAAUGACAAUCUCCUCCUUGUCAUGAGAGGUGCAAAAAAAAAAAAAAAAAAAAACAAUUCCAAGAACUACUUAUUUUUAGUUUUGAUAAUUCCCACUGCACACACCUUUCUUACAGUGGUUUUGUAAACAUUUCUAGUGUAUUUGCAAUAAAAUAAAAGCUUGUCGACAAGUGCAAUGUGGUUUGCUG